AUGGGAAAAUCGUCCAAAGACAAGCGCGACGCCUACUACCGCCUGGCCAAGGAACAGAACUGGCGCGCCCGUUCGGCCUUCAAACUGAUACAGAUCGACGAGCAAUUCGAUCUCUUCGACCAUGAGAAUCCGGAGAACGUGACGCGGGUCGUCGAUUUGUGCGCCGCCCCCGGCAGCUGGAGUCAAGUUCUUAGUCGGGUGUUGAUCAAGGGAGAGAGUUUCGGUAGACGGGCAUGGGUUCAGAAGAGGCGGAGAGAGAAGCUUGAAUUAUUGAAAAGCACAAAUGAUGACAUUUCAAGUGACAUCUUGGAUAAAGAGGAAAGGAAUCUGGAACAGGACUUGAAGCCCCGGAAGAAUGUGAAGAUCGUGUCCAUCGAUCUUCAACCCAUGGCGCCUCUAGAGGGCAUCACUACUCUCAGAGCAGACAUUACACAUCCGUCUACAAUUCCUCUCCUACUCAGAGCCUUGGACCCAGAAGCAUACAAGGACUCGCCGUCCACUUCUACCCCGGCAGCAAUCAGACAACCGCACCCGGUCGACCUUGUCAUUUCCGAUGGCGCUCCCGACGUCACAGGCCUACACGACCUGGACAUCUACAUUCAAUCCCAACUACUCUACUCUGCGUUGAAUCUUGCCCUAGGCGUCCUCCGACCCGGAGGGAAAUUUGUCGCCAAGAUCUUCCGUGGUCGAGACGUCGAUAUCAUCUAUGCGCAACUCCGCACCGUAUUCGAGAAAGUGAGCGUAGCGAAACCCCGCAGCAGUCGCGCAAGUAGUCUGGAGUCCUUCGUUGUCUGCGAAGGAUUCAUUCCCCCUACAAGUCAGACAGGGGUAGAUGCCCUGAAGAACCCCAUCUUUGGCGGCGCCGCGGUUCCUAGACCGAUCCCCGAAGACAGAAACGUGGCGGUCGAGGUGCCAGAUGAAGAUAAUGAACAAUCCCAAACGAUCACGGAUAUUCCGAGUUUGACUGUGAAUCCCACCAGUACCGCAGAAUCAACCGAUGCGCACAUCAAGGAAGUUCACCUUCUUCACCCAGACUCUUUAUCGUCGUUACCCGCCACAAAGGAGACCGUUACUGUUUCUCCGGCUGGUUUCUCGAACACGCGAUUUGCUCACGAGAACCGCUGGAUCCCACCGUUUAUUGCGUGCGGAGAUCUGUCGGCUUGGGAUUCAGAUGCUUCUUACGCUCUGCCUCCUGACCACGUCAGUCUUGAUCCCGUGCAGCCUCCCACGGCACCGCCAUAUAGGCGUGCGUUGGAAAUGAGGAAGGAAAAGGGCGGCGCCUACGGCAAGACUAAGUUAGGGACUAUUGGGAGAGCCUGA